UUCAGAAAUCAAUUCUGUGUUAAAAUACACAAAUUUACAAAGUUUAAAAAAAAUCCAAGAUAAGAGCGUUAUACUGCAUAUUUACCGUGUCAAAGAUGCAAGCAAUGCGAACAAGCCUAAGGAUACACUUUCUAUGAGAAACAAAAGAUUACCCGCGUUCGCCUGUCGCAAUGCCUUCCGUCAGAUUUUUCUUAGUCAGCGGAUCGUCGAGCGACGGGUUUUUCGGCUGGAGAUGACACGAGGAAAAAUCUUGCGCACUUUCUGAAAAGGGACGCUCAAGUCGGCAUGAAGAUGACCAGCGGAUGGCGAUGGUCGAUGGAUAACCUGAGAAACGUGUAUUAUUUCAUCCAGUUGAUCGCCCGGCAAAUUCUGAUAUUCCUGCGAGACUUCAUUUUUUACAAGUUCGCGUGGUUCGUGACGACAGAGGAAGAUUGUGAUAACGCGAACCCGAAGAUACGGGCCGUCACGCCGCAACACGCCGAUACUGUCUCCGACCUCGUCGUGCUUCUCGCCAUUUGCGGCCUCCUCUUCGCCUUCAUGAUCCUCUCCGCGAAUUCGCCCAAGAAUGAAGCGUCCAAUUGCGAAAUGAUUCGGCAAGUCGAAGCAAUGCCAAUGGCCUUUGAAGACGAAACAACGUUUUUCUGCUCGAGCCUCGCGAAUUCGCAGCUGACAAGGUGUUGCGACAGCCCCGUUGACUCACGGGACGUCGUCGUCGAGACGCGAGAAAUUUCACGCCCGGCUGUGUCGAAGAGCAACGUGUCGACAGCGCGAAGACCUUCGGAGCAUUACGCGCGCUCCAGCCACCCUCACAAGUGCGCCAAGACGCAAACGAAUUGUCUCGUCGCGCAAACGACACCUCGGAAAUGGUUGGUGAGGCGCACCAGGAGCGGCCACAUCUACGGGAAGUAUUCUGUGUAGGAGAAGCUGAGGGGACGAGAAAUUGCAGUUCGCAACCCUAAGAGAUCCGUCGGCGAGACGCCGUUUCUCGGUCGGCGACGGGAGGGUCUUUCUUAUCCUCCUCUUCGUCUAAUCGACCGACAAUUUUCGAUUGCAUAUGUAUAUACACAUCAUGAUUGUUAACGUUUGUAUCGCUCUUUUAUCGACGCGAUCACCCACGAUCGCGCCUCUUCCGAAGUGGCUUUUAUUUUUUACUCGAUAUCUUUCCUCGUGCGUUUGUAUCGAUACUGAUAUCGGACAAGCGCAGUGCCCGCGUGUAUUGGCGGGAUCAUGUUUGUUUGUGAUCGACUUUCGAGCGUUAAUAAACUCUUUAUUACGUUCGCAAUUUCUCGAUUGAUUUCGCGUUUUUUUCCUCUCAUUUGACGAUUAGAACUUUCGGUGUUAUCAACAGAUAAAAGCGACCGCGUUUUAUUGCUUUUGUCUGCGUUAUCUAUCAUAAAACAAUAGGAUUUAUCAUGGGCAGUGUCUCUUUGAAUUAUGUUUGUGUAGAUCGAACUGGAUAAGACAAUCGAUGUUACAAGCCUCGUAUAAUGCAAUUUUUUCUUUUGUGUUUUGUUAGAUCGAUGUCAAAGCACAAUCUGGUCUACUGAUGAAUCUAUUACAGACA